AUGGGACCAAAGAAAAACAUCAAAAUGGACUUGGGUUCAUUCUUGAAGGAUGACUCAUUUGGAGGCGGGAACUCGUGGGCCGAUGAAGAAGUCGACAUGAGCUCGAUUGCUUUCAACAUUGACAAUUCCGGCGGCACCACCGAGGCUCCAAUUGGCGGUGCCCCCAUCUUUUCGGGCUCUGGCUCCGGUGCUGGUUUAGGCUACGAGAAGAGGGAGAGAGUCACAUACCCCGUUCCCGACCGUCCACCAUACCAAGCACGUAUCUCGAAUUUGCCCUGGGACAUCACCGAUGCUGACGUUGUUCGUCAUUUGGAAGAUAGAAUGCAGGCUAAGGAUAUCAUUUCCGAGUGUAGAUUACCUUUGGAUAGAGAAACGGGCCAGAUUCGUGGUUUCGCGUUUGUCACUUUUGUCCUGCGUGAAUUAUUGGAAGAGACCUUGAACUUGAGCGGAUCGGAUUUCAAUGGCAGGAGAAUCUUUGUUAAUGUUGCUCCUCCUUCCGAUGGCCGUGACCGUGGCCCCGGGGGAGCCCUUAGAGAGCCUGCUGUAGAGUUGGACUGGGGGUCUGCUAGAAACACCCAGGCUGAGUUGCCCAAGAGGGAGUUUUCGAACCGCGGUGGUGAUCGCCCUCCAAGAGAAUUCAAGCCCAGGAGUGAUGAUUUCGACUGGGGGUCUGCUAGAGGCUCACAGGCGGAUUUGCCGCCAAGAGAAAGAUCAAAUCGAGGAGAACGUGGUGGCGACAGACCACCUAGAGAAUUCAAGCCUAAAGAUGAACCGGAUUUGGAUUGGGGGUCAGCUAGAGGCACUCGAGCCGAGUUACCACCAAGAGAAAGAUCCAACCGAGCAGACCGUGGUGGCGACAGACCACCAAGAGAAUUCAAGCCUAAAGACGAACCCGAAUUCGAUUGGGGUGCUGCUAGAGGUACACAGGCUGAGUUGCCACCAAGAGAAAGAUCAAACAGGAGCCAUCAUCAUCACCAUCACAAUAACAACACCAACACCAAUACUAAUGACAAUAGCAACAACAGCAAUAGCAGCAGCAAUGAAGCUAAUGGAUUCUCGCAGUCGUCACGUACACCUAGAAAGCAAGAGCCUGAAUUUGACUGGGGUGCUGCUAGAUCUACAACUGCAACUUUACCUCCUAGAGAAAGAUCCAACCGGUCUUUCUCCAGCGGUGGAAGCGGCGCUGGUGGUAAAAAAUCCGAGCCUGAUUUGGAUUGGAAGAGGGGACAACCAAUACAGCUGCGCACGAGAUCAUCGCAGCAUGUAAAUAGACACAACAAGGAGGAGAAAAAGGAAGAAGAGAAAAAAGCUCAGGGUCCGCAGAAAUCUGUCUAUAGCGUGUUAUCAAUGGAAGGUGAUGAUGAUGAUGAGGAAGAAGGAGAAGCCGGACAAGAAGAAGUGACUGCUGGGUUGGAAGCUACUACUGCAAAAUUGGCCAUUUCAGACGAUGCACUGACGGCAGCGCCAGCACAAGCACCAGCACCAGCACCAACAACAACAACAACAGCUACUGAAAAUGAAGAUGAUUGGGAAGUGGUUGGCAAGAAGUAG